UUCUCAGCGUGUGACUGGGCCUGUCGCCGACGCGUCGCCGCCAUGAUGUUGAGCACCGAGGGCGGAGAGGGCUUCGUGGUGAAGGUGCGCGGCCUGCCCUGGUCGUGCUCGGCCGACGAGGUGCAGCGCUUCUUCUCGGACUGCAAAAUUCAAAAUGGGGCCCAAGGUAUUCGUUUCAUCUACACCAGAGAAGGCAGACCGAGUGGCGAGGCUUUUGUUGAACUUGAAUCAGAAGAUGAAGUGAAAUUGGCCCUGAAAAAAGACAGAGAGACUAUGGGACACAGAUAUGUUGAAGUAUUCAAGUCAAACAACGUUGAGAUGGAUUGGGUGUUGAAGCAUACUGGUCCCAAUAGUCCCGACACGGCCAAUGAUGGCUUUGUGCGGCUUAGAGGACUGCCCUUUGGAUGUAGCAAGGAGGAGAUUGUUCAGUUCUUCUCAGGGUUGGAAAUCGUGCCAAAUGGGAUAACAUUGCCGGUGGACUUCCAGGGGAGGAGUACGGGGGAGGCCUUCGUGCAGUUUGCUUCACAGGAAAUAGCUGAAAAGGCUCUAAAGAAACACAAGGAAAGAAUAGGGCACAGGUAUAUCGAAAUCUUUAAGAGCAGCCGCGCCGAGGUGAGAACACACUAUGAUCCUCCCCGGAAGCUCAUGGCCAUGCAGCGGCCCGGCCCCUAUGACAGGCCCGGGGCUGGCCGAGGGUAUAACAGCAUUGGCAGAGGCGCAGGCUUUGAGAGGAUGCGGCGUGGAGCCUAUGGUGGAGGUUAUGGAGGCUAUGACGACUAUAACGGCUAUAAUGAUGGCUAUGGAUUUGGGUCAGAUAGAUUUGGAAGAGACCUCAAUUACUGUUUUUCAGGAAUGUCUGAUCACAGAUACGGUGAUGGUGGCUCCACUUUCCAGAGCACCACCGGACACUGUGUGCACAUGAGGGGCUUGCCCUACCGCGCCACUGAGAACGAUAUCUAUAACUUUUUUUCGCCGCUCAACCCUGUGAGAGUCCAUAUUGAAAUCGGACCUGAUGGCAGAGUCACUGGGGAGGCAGAUGUUGAGUUUGCAACUCAUGAAGAUGCCGUAGCGGCCAUGUCCAAAGACAAAGCAAAUAUGCAACACAGAUAUGUAGAGCUCUUCUUGAAUUCGACAGCAGGAGCAAGUGGUGGUGCUUACGAACACAGAUAUGUAGAACUCUUCUUGAAUUCUACAGCAGGAGCAAGCGGUGGUGCUUAUGGUAGCCAAAUGAUGGGAGGCAUGGGCUUGUCCAACCAGUCAAGCUACGGUGGCCCGGCUAGCCAGCAGCUGAGCGGCGGCUAUGGAGGUGGCUACGGUGGCCAGAGCAGCAUGAGUGGCUAUGGCAGCCCGGGAGCCGUGAACAGCAGCUAUUACAGUAGCGGAAGCCGUGCAUCUGUGGGAGUGAACGGCAUGGGCGGCGGGAUGGCUGGCACCUCCAGUCUCAGUGGUGGGUGGGGGAUGUGAUUGGGGAUCUCCCUCCAUCACUGGCCUCCACCGCCGACCCCACCCCCCUUUUUUAAAAAAAGGAAAACAUGAAAUUAGAGUGUGUGCAGUUUGGCCAUCCCAACUUCUGUGAUUCAUGCUUUUUGCUCUUGUGGCAAUCAGGAGGCUUAUUCCAAGACUUCAGAUUCAGUAUUUUUUUGUUUGUUUGGUUUUUUUGAAUGGUCAUCUUAGGAUGCACCAAGUCGAGUCCAUGUUAAGAGCCCUUUCCCGCUUUUUUCUCAAGUUAGUUAGGUUGUAUUUCAGUAAACAUUCAGUGUAUUUAGGUUCUGAAUUAUGUUCCCACCUGUUGCUCCUCUCUCCUAUCUGACCUGGAGAAAAAUACUGUAGACAGGCGUGUGGGACGACACGCAACUUUUAAACCAUUAGGAGCUGUGUCUGUAAUGAACAAGUGAAAAACAUUUGGCAUGUCUAGUUCCUUUAAUAAUAAUAAUCUAAGGCACGUAAGUUUGAAGCCUUUUUUUUUAAGUUAAUGGGUGGGGGGUGGGGAUUGCGGCGCAAUUACCAAUACCAUAGGAUUUUGGUCUUGGUGUUUGUGGGAAAUUCUGAGGCCCUGAUUGCAAUCUCAUUGUAUUGUGAUUUCCUUUAGGUGUAUUGCGCUCAGUGAAACUUGUCCAAUAAAACUUCUUGUAAAAA